GAGUCAAGACUCUUCAUUUGGAAAGGUUGGAGAUUAUUCAGAGCGGAUAGAUUGUAUAGGAGGACAAUGAUAAAACGGCAAUAUUUCUCUGUCCAGAUCAAGGGAAAUUUGGCGUAUCUUUUGCUUGUCUAUGGCGCGUUCUUUCAUUGUGUGUUUUGCUCUUACAAUCCCAGAUUAACUCUAAAACAAGAUGAUGCUCCUCUUUUAUACAACAGAAAUUAUAGUCGUACAGUCAUAUUCCAUCAGGAAGGAUCAAACAGUCUGUUUGUUGGAGGAAUAAAUCAUAUUCUACAUUUUGAUGUAGACAGUCGUCAGAUUGUGGAGAACUUUACUCUCAAUCCAAAAUGUGGUGAGGGCUCUUGUGAAAAUGUAGUGACAGUAAUUGAAAGAUUUGAAAACUACACAUUUGUCUGUGGAACAAAUGGAGAACAGCCACAGUGUUGGAAACUGUCCUCCAGAGAAAGCAAUCAUUCCACAAAGGGUGUAGAUGGCACAGGAAUCUCACCUCAUACAGGUUCACAAAACUCCUUGUCCCUACUUGCAGACGGAGAUCUCUAUGCAGCAGCUCCUUUAUACAGUGAUGGAACCCUGCUGCAGUUUCGCAGAAAAGGUGGAAAACGAACCAGCGUCUGGAUGUAUGAUCAAUGGGUCUCAGAACCCACUUUUAUUUCAAGUUUUCUGGCCCAGCGCCAGAAUGACACAUUGAAUGAGAAGAUAUAUGUCUUAUUCCGUGAGAAAAACUCAGACACGAGUCCAGAGGCUGAUCCUUGGAUAUCUAGAGUGGCAAGAGUGUGUAAGGUCGACCAGGGUGGUCCCAAGCAGUUGCUCCAGAACAUCUGGACCUCCUUUCUGAAGGCACGACUUGUGUGUGGGAUUCCUAGAGAGUCGCUGUAUUUCAACCGCUUACAGGACAUUUUCAUCCAACAUGCUGAUGACUGGAGGGAUUCACGAGUGUAUGCACUUUUCUCCAGCAGCUGGAACUCUACUGCUGUGUGCAUUUACUCGUUGGCAGAGCUUGAUGAUGUUUUUGAGAAUUCCUCGUUCAAAGGAUAUUCUGCGGCAAUCCCCACCCCAAGACCAGGAACUUGUGUCAAACAAAGCAAUUCCAUUCCAACUUCUACUCUUCAUAUCAUUAAAGACCAUCCAGAGAUGAAGAGAUGGAUUGAACCCAUUCAAAAACAAACACCUUUCUUCACAAGUAAUAAGAACUUUACCAAGAUAGCCGUUGACCGGGUCCAAGCUUCAGAUGACAGCUUGCACAAUGUGCUGCUGCUUGCAACAGACAAUGGAGUAAUCUUAAAGAUACUGGAGGAUGGCUCCAGUGCAUUCAUCAUCUCUGAAACGCAUCUGUGCAAUGGUUCAGCACCCGUACAUUCGAUGAAACUCGACUCUGAGAAGAGGAAGCUGUUUGUAGGAUAUCCCGGACAGAUUUCCAUCUUAGAUCUGCAGAGAUGUGAAGAUUACAAUGCUUCCUGCGAAGAAUGUGUACUUUCUCGUGAUCCAUACUGCGCUUGGACUGAACAAGGCUGCACAUCACAAACCAGAGGAGGAAUACAAAACAUUGCUGAUGGACUCACUAAAGUAUGUCACCAAAAAUCAGGGGGAAGAUUCAGAAGAGAAGUGAAACAGCCACUGACAGCUCCAUUAAGGAUUCAACACUUUGUGCACACUGGUAUUCCCAUCUAUCUCUCUUGUCCUGUCGAUUCUAAACAUGCCACUUACAAAUGGGAACAUAAUCAAAAGAGCAUCCCAUGUCAGCAGACCCAGUCAGAUUGUCUCCACCUCAUUCCAGCCAUGACAAAUGACAAGAAUGGUGACUACAAAUGUACAUCUCAUGAACUCGAUUAUACCAGAACUGUGAGAGAAUACACGGUUGAAUUUAGAAUAGAGAAUGCUGCUUUCAAACUGAGAGCCCAGAACUGGUUAAUGGCCACAUUUGUCACUAGUGCCUUCUUUCUGCGCUCACUUUAAGGUCAAGGUUGUUUUAUAAAAGUCAGUGCUUCCAUCUUCAAGCUUUUCUGAUGACCUGUAAGCUGAUUAAAACCAUCAGUCACACAUUGCUAGGCCCCCAGUGUUUGGUCUUCUCAAGCGAAGUUUAUAGGCAAGUAAGCACUGAAGUAAAAGAUAGCAUCCGUCCUAGACAACUCGCAGUUAUAUGCUUGCCAUCUGUUUAGUGGGUGUUUAGUGACAUUGCGGUCCAAAGUCUUUCAUCCUGGACUUUCAUCUUUAGAAACUGGAAAUUCUCUUGACAUUUUUAGGGUUUAGAUUUGUUUUAACAAACAAAAAGCUCAUAAAGGGAAACGAAGACAAUGUUCAGGGUCGUGUCUAGAGCAUUUUAAAUGGGGGGGGGGCCAGACUGGGUCACCACCAUAAUUAUUUAUUAAUAAUUAAAUACAUUUAUAUUUAUAAUUUAAGCACUUAAAUUAAAAUAAGAAUGAAUAAAAUAAAUAACUAGAAAUGGCUGACUAUAUUCAGAUUGCUUCCAUUAAGUGAGAGAAGCCUGCUCUUCAUUUUUCAGUUCCUCUGUGUUUCAGUGAUACGAGGACAACAUUUGAGUGUACACAUAAUAUCCAAGCGAGAGCAGAGCUAAUUCAUAAAAGAGCAACAAAUGUUUUGAAGCAAGCGUCCAGUUUGGUGUGAGUGAAGGAAAUCCGCUUGCAAGUGGAGAUUCGUGCUUGCGCAUUAGGCCUACAUGGAUCGCGUAACAUUAUUCGCUCAGGAUUUUGAUUAAGAUUACGGUAUGGAAGCCGCCUAAAAUUAAGUAUAAAGAAGAGAAGAAAGCAGCCCUUGGCGGCUGCCUACACAUGCCAAGAUCCGCCACUGCCAGAUGCAGUUAUAAAUACUAAAUACGAAUCUAUUGUGAGAUAUCUGAUAGUGGGUACUUGGGGUGGCUAGCCAAAUAUAAGGGGGCAGUAGAUGGCAGUAGAUGGUAACAAGUGACUGUUUUCAUGAGUGAGCCGUUGAAUUAGUCAUUCAACCAAUUUGUUAAAAAAAUGCAAAUUCUUUCAGAAACCAACAAGAUCAGUGAUGGUCUUUGUGAGUCACUGAAUUAUUCACUCAACAGAUUCAUUUAAAACUAUGCUGACUCAAAAUAUUUAAAAUCGUUCUUUAUUGAGGACUGAAACGCAGAUACUUGUGUUGCUUAGAGACAUGCAACAAUUUCACACUGGUUUUGUUUGGAAUUUUGUUUCAAACUUUGUUUUCCUUAAACUUGUUUUUUGGAUUGUUGUAUAAAAACAUUUACACACUCGCAGAUGUGCACUUUAAAUUGCUCACACUCACACUGUUCUCAUCCACUGGUCAAAAUGCACAACACUGCUUGAAAGACAUGUGUUCUCUGAUGUAAACAAGUAAGCAUGAGAAGCACAUGAGGGAACACGUAAGAGAUGCACUGAAUGAAAGCACUCUUGCUCUCUGACAGUAGAUGGCGCUAAACUGCAGAAAAUCUGGAAACCCCAUAAAUAAAGCAUUUAAAAUGUAUUUAAAUACCCAUUCAAGUUUGUGGAUUUGCUAUUGUGUUCAUCACAGCACCAAAUACUUUAACAUUUAGACUUAAUAGGCUAUUUAUUUUCAAACGUUUUUUGCAUUUUAAUCUGGACCACAACAUGCUCUAGAUAUUGUUUGAAAGUGUUUUGUUUCUUUGUUCAUUCACACUUUACAUUAGGGCUUCAUUAGUUAACAAACUGCCAAUGAAGAAUUCUUCUGAACAUUCAUUAAUCUUAGGUAUUCCAAUAUUUAAUAACACAUUGUUAAAAUCAAAAGUUGCAACUGUGUUAUUUAAUGAGCUAACAUGAACUAAACCUUAUAUAUUUUUAACAAAGAUUAAUGAGUUCUGUAGCAAAUGUAGUUAUUGCUCAUUGUGAAUGUAAAUGCGUUACCUAAGGUUAACUAAUGAGGUCUUAUUGUAAAGUGGUACCCGUGUGUCUUUAUAUUUCUUUUGCACUUUAAUCUCUGUAAAACUUUUAACUUGAUAUAUUUUCUGUAUUGAUUUACUGUAUUUAAAUGUUCAGUUAUUUUUGUUAUAAGAAAAACUUUUUAAACCUGCUAUACUGAAUUAAGAUCACUUACUGGAAACUAAAUUUAAUUACUGUGAUAAUACCGUAUAAUGUGAAAAAACAUGAGCAAUUAAUCGUAACAUGAAAAUUGUAUACCGGCAUAUCCCUAUUUGAGAGAUUGUGUCCGCUUAUUAAUUAUAAUGUUUGGCUCUCAUUUUUGCAAGUGCUUGCUUUCGUAAUUCUUUUCUGCUAUUUGUAUUGUUUUAAGCACUCUCCCCCAAACUGUAUAGUGCUAGUUUUCCAAGAAUUAGCUUUUACAUUAAGAAACAGAAAGAGAAAAUAUUUGGGUGUUAUAUCCGUAAAGUUGUUCAGGAAGUCUGAGGAAGUUUGAGGAAAUCUGGGUGUGGUGGGCAAACACGAAGGUCACUUUUGGACUUCAGACCUUUUGACGGCUGCAUUAUUGUUUAAAGAAAAAAGGCUAUCAGUGGGACUGUGGGAAAAUAAACAAUGGAUCUUUUACAGUUGAAAUAUGUAACAAAAACAUUUCCUGGAGGAGUUCUCUUAAUUUCCCACCUUAUAUUUUAACUCCGUAUUUCACAACUAUAAAUAUAAAGUAAUUUCAGAAGCUGUUGUGUUUGUAGGGAAUGAAAAAGGAGCGCAAUAGGCUGUAGACAACUGAAUGUUAUGAAAAUUAAGGGAAUUGUAUGUAUAUUCUUGACAUGUUAACUCAAAUUUGUUUCUGCAGCUGCCUUUAUAUGCAGAACCACGUAUUAGUCUUGCAGACAUUAAAUAUUGCCAUUGAUAGCAGGAAAA